AUGACAUCGGCGAAUAUACCAUUUCUAACUCAAUGGAAUGAAACGAAACGAAUCACUGAACGAUCACGUUCGAAACGCUUGUAUACAUUCUUUCACUACGAACAUUCAACACAUCCUCGACGAUUCAUUAUUUCAUUUUUUGUCAUCAUUUUUCUUACGUUAGCGGUUGCUUGGCUCAUAGCCGGACUUGUUCGACUUCGUCAAACAGCAUCUUACCUAGAAUCGUGUUCUAGUGGAAAAGGACAGUGUUCAUCGAGUGCUGGUUUAAUAUGCAGUUCAACAGCAUUGAUUUGUCUGUGUGCUGAGGAAAACUAUUGGGAUUAUAGCUCUAAAAAGUGUUCAACUGUUAAAAGUAUCAAUGCGAUAUGUUCGAGAAAUGAUGAAUGUGCAACGAACAAAGGUUUAAUCUGUUACACAAAUGGAACUUGUCAGUGUCCUUCGAAUACUUACCAUACAACAUCUGGUUGUACCACUUAUAAAUUAUUUGGUGCUUCAUGUACAUUGUCAGGUACAUUGCCAUGCAAUAUACAACUUGAUCUUGUAUGUGAUCCAGGCACACUCGUAUGUCUUUGCCCAUCUGGCACAUAUUGGUCGUCUACUCGAUGCGAACCAGUCUCAACAUAUGGUAGCUAUUGUGAACAAAACUCUAGUUGCAACACGCAAGCUGGACUUUUCUGCCGUCUACCUGGUCCAUAUCCUUCAUGUGAUUGUCCUCAACAAUCGAAAUUAUACACAUGUGAUUGUUAUCAAGGACAAACAUGGGUGAUAGCAUCUGGUGUAAACGGCACAUCAUCGUGUACUAGCCAAGGAACCUAUAACGGUAACUGUACUAGCGACAGUCAAUGUCCACAAGCAUUGCAUCUCGUCUGUAUUAAUGGUGCUUGCGCUUGUAAGAUUCCUCUAUGGUUUUGGUCUUCAACUUCAAAUGAAUGUCUUCCUUGCGAAUCCGCAGGUUAUAUUCUGAUCCAGUAUUCAUCUCAAUGGGUUUGUACACGACUGAUGAAUUCGUCAUUAAUGACGUAUUCAGCGAGUCAAAUGGCGUGUAUUGGAAUAGGUUGGCAAUUGAUCAGUCCGAUCUUUGCGUCGGAUGUGACCGUUAUUGCUCAAAUAUAUUCAACAUAUCGUCUGUGGGUUAACAUACAAACGUCACUGGGUAAUUCCACCUAUGUGAAUAAUGUUUUUCCAAAUAAUCAAUCAAAUUGGAAUACCUAUAUAUCUUACUCGUUAGCAUCAGUUUAUGCAACAUAUGUGUAUGCCUUACAGAUUGUUUCAACAUACGAUAAAACUAUGCUCUUCGAAGGAAAUACUGCCUUUGACAAAGGACAUGCGCUUUGUGCACUGUAUUAA